AUGACCGAUGGGGGGGCAACGAGCCUCGCAUCGAUAUCACCUUUCGCACCACAACUUUUAACGAGUGCAUUGGUAUAUGUCCGCGAUCCCAAACACAAUAGACGCAAUAACUUGAAAUGUCGGGCGCUCUUAGACACGGGCGCCACCGCGAAUUUUAUUUCAGAAUCCUUCGUGGAACGUUUAAACAUACCAGUAGUUAAACAAUCGUUAUCUAUCGGUGCAAUUAACGACACAAGAACUGAAUCGAAGGGCAUCGUACAAAUUACAAUACAAUCAUUACAUAGUGAAUUCCAAAAAAUACUCACAUGUUUAACGAUACCGACGAUUACGGAUUUAAUACCAUCGGAUAUCUUUCCACGAAAUACGUUAGAGUUUCCCUCAGAUAUCAAGCUAGCGGACCCGGAAUUCCACCGGCCGCGACCCGUCGAUUUAUUGAUAGGCUCUGGUGCGACGUUGUCUCUGUUUACCGUCGGUCAAAUUGAUUUGUCUCGUGAAGGAUGUGAUUUAUACUUGCAAAAAACGCAUUUAGGCUGGGUGGUCGCCGGCGGGAUAUCAAUGCAGAUACCUUCGAGGAAUUCGGUAUGCCACUUGACGAGUUUAGAAAAUCAAUUAGCGAAGUUUUGGAGGAUAGAGGAGGUCGUAAAAAAUGAAAUAAAAUCGGAAGAAGAAAUCGAGUGUGAAUCGUAUUUUACGAAAACAGUCUCUCGUAACAAAGAUGGACGUUAUAUAGUCCGUUUACCGUUCCGUCAUACUGAAAAACGCCUAGGCGAUUCAAGAUCAAUAGCAUUUAAACGUUUGACGGCAUUAGAACGGAAAUUCAACGCGAAUGCGAUUUUAAAGGACGAAUACACGCGAAUAGUCAAGGAGUAUUUAGAGUUAGGUCACAUGUCACUAGUGGAGGAUCCCGGCGACAACGGUUAUUAUAUGCCACAUCACGCCGUGGUGAAAGAAUCGAGCGAAACCACUAAAGUACGUAUAGUGUUCGACGCGUCGGCAAAAACCAACACCGGCGUGUCUUUGAAUGAUAUGUUAAUGACAGGCCCAUCGAUACAAAACAAAUUGUUCUCGCAUUUAAUUCGAUUUCGGAUCUACAACUUUGUCGUCACCGCUGACAUCGAAAAGAUGUUUCGCCAAGUAUUUGUACAUGAGAGCGAUCGUCGAUAUCAGCGGGUUCUUUGGCGUAAAGACAAUAAGAUACAGACCUUACAGCUCAAUACGCUUACUUUCGGUGUCUCUUCAUCACCGUUUCUAGCUAUUCGCGUCAUUCAAAGACUGGCCGAGGAUGAACGCCAUACAUAUCCUAGGGCGGCCGACAUUAUUAAGUCACAUUUAUACGUGGAUGACUUGCUAACCGGUGCCAAUACCAUAGACGAGGUUGCCUAA